UCAGUCGUAGCUUUACGAUAUAAACUUCUAGUUCCGUUUGUCAGAUUGUCAUAGUCUCACGGGAGCAUAGUUUGUUACUGUUUUAUUUUGAUUUUAUGCCUAAAUAAAAUGCCAAUAACUGGGGGUAUUGCAGCACCAAAAAUUAUACCAUUAAAGUCAGAUGAUAAAGAAACAUUACAAGGUUGCAUUGAUACCCAAACGUUUAUUGAAAUUGUAUCAGUGUAACAAAUGUGGAAAGUCAUACUGUCACACGAAAAUUUAGAGUUAUAGAUAGUGGUAAUAAAGAUAAACGGCUUCACAAUGGAGAUAAACCUACUGGCACGGAAAGUGAUGAAGAAAAUUUAUCAAGUGAUGCUUUGGAAAUGCUUGAUAAUUACGAUGAUGAUGAUAACGAUGGUGUAAAUGGUAAUGUUUAUAGUCCAGCUAUAAUACGAAAAGUAAGUUGUAUUUUUCAAUUAUGACUAAUUCACAAUGCCCAUCACUGACUGACCUUACUUAAACAAUCAGUCAAAACUAGGAAACAAUGAACGGCUAUUUUUUUCUAGUAUGGGACUUUUAAGCGGUGUAAAUCCAUGAACCCGCCUGGGAUUGUACUCAAGAUGUGCAGAUGUUGUGACAUAUGCUUGACAUUUAGACCAUUGAACUGUUAUGUUCUGACUGGGGCUAGACAUGUAAAUCAUUUGAAGGUGGAUGAGUGAUCUGACGGUUAAGCCUUUACCACGAGGUUCAGAGAUCCUGGGUUCUAUCCCCAACGGGUUAGUGGAUGUGAAUAAUAGGACAAAAUAGCUGUUCAUUGUUUCUUGGUUUUUACUAAUUGUCUAAUGUCAGUCAGUGAUGUUAACUAUGAAAUUCAACACUUUGCAAACCUUCUAUCCUAUAACUAAUUCAUUUUUUGUUGUAUUUUACUAGCAAAAUGAUGACUACACAGAUGAUGUAAUUGAAAACUUUAUGCGUAGAAAUGCAGAUCAAGGUUUUGCAGCGACAAAUCAUUCAGGUACACAAAUUAAUCUAUGGGGUCAAAUGCCAGGUUUGAAUUGGGAUAUACGUACACCGAAUUCAAGUAAUAUUUCUGGUUCAUAUCCAAUGCUUAAUAAUAAUACAAUACCAUAUUGGUCUACACAACCAUCAAUAAAUAUGGAAAAUUUUGUAAGUCCACAACAAUUAAGCGCAAUAGCAAAUCAUCUUACACAAUGUAUUGAUCAAACACGUCAUAUGACUGUGACAGAAGUUCGAGAACUUAUGAAACAAGUAACAGAGAAAAUGACACCAAAACAAAAUGAUUCUGUUAAUUCUAUAAAUCAAUCAUUAUCAACAAUAAGUCAAGGAAUGGGUAACAUAAAUGAACAAAUUGAACAUGUAAAAUAUCAUUUAAUUGAAUACAUAAAACGAGAUAAGGUAUUUGCAGGACUUUUAUCACAAGCUAAAAUUGGUAAUGUAAUCUCUGCAGAUUUCGAUGAAAAUGAAGAUAGCUACUUAUUAACAAUCCAUCUUGAUAAACCAAUUAAAGCUAAAAAACCCCAUAGAGAUUCUCAAGAUUCAGGAAAAAAAUCAAAUCAAAAUAAAUCAAUGGGACCGCCUAAAACACCAACACCUAACAGACCAAGUUCCCUUAACAAAGAAAAUAUUCCUUAUUCACCAGAAAAGACAAGUCAAAAAGACGAUAAUACUGAAGAUACUAAGUCGGGUUCUGUUGAUAUAUCUGCACAUGAUCAGUACCGUGAUGUGGAAGAAUAUCCACUCGAACCAACUUUAAAACCAUCAGCUAAUUUUGAUGUUGAUAAAGAUUGUGAACAAUUACAUCAAGCUAUGGCUGGAAUGGGAACUAAUGAAAAAUCAUUAAUUGAAGUGAUGGGUCAUCGAUCUUCUGAACAACGAGUAACUAUAACACAAAAAUAUAAAUCAAUGUAUGGUAAAGAUUUAACCUCGAAAUUUAAGUCAGAAUUAAGUGGAAGUUUUUAUGAUUGUAUGGAAGCUUUAUGUUAUUCACCAGUUGAAUUUGAUGCUCGUGAACUGCGUAGAUCAGUGAAAGGAGCUGGUACGGAUGAAGAUGCUUUAAUUGAAAUUUUAUGCUCUAGAACAAAUGCACAAAUUAAGCAAAUUAAAGAGACUUAUUCUAAAAUAUUCCCUAAUCGUGAUUUAGAGAAUGAUGUAAAAAGUGAUACAUCACGUCAUUUUAAACGUGUAUGUAUUGCUCUAUUACAAGGUGAUAGAGAUGAAUCAUUAAAAGUAGAUAUGGAACUUGUUCGAAAAGAUGCAGAAAAUUUAUAUAGAGCAGGUGAACAAAAAUUAGGGACAGAUGAAUCAAGGUUUGUUCAAAUAUUGGUCUCACGGUCAUUUGCUCAUUUACGUUUAUUAUUCGAAGAAUAUUCAACUAUUGGUAAAAAGAAUAUUGAAGAUACUUUAAAGUCAGAAAUGCAUGGUGAUACACUUCGAGCAUUUUUAUCUAUCGUUUCUUGUAUUAAAAAUAAACCGAAAUAUUUUGCUGAGAAAUUAGAAAAAUCAAUGAAACGAUUAGGAACUGAUAAUAGAACACUUAUACGUAUUAUUGUAUCACGUUGUGAAGUUGAUUUAGGCAUAAUUAAAAAAGAAUUCUCAAGUUUAACUGGUAAAACAUUAGAAUCUUAUAUACAUGAUGAAACAAGCGGUGAUUUACGUCUAAUACUAUUAGCUUUGGUAGGAGCAUAAAACUUGGUUGUUGUUACCACAAUGAGAUAAUCCUAUCUUUUUACAUCUACCAAACAAAAGGCUGUGAUUAAUUUUUCCUUCAAUGUAUUCAUCAACUUAAUCUGUGAUCUAAAAAGAAACCGUAAAUCAAUAUAAAUUUUCUUUUUUCGAAAAUUUUAUUUUAAUAUCACACCAGGGGUUUUACAAAAAAACUUAUAUUAUUUUAACUACUUAUAUUUUAAUUAGUAGUAGUUUAUUAUCCGAACAAUUUAUUUUGUCAAAUCUUUCAAAUAAUUGCUGUCGAUAAAAAUCUCAAACAAUGUAAAAAUAAAUGUCAACUUAUCCAUCUUUUUAUUCUCUAAAUUAUCGAUUCAUAUAUUUUCGGUUGUGAUUUUACUGAAAUAAAAGAAUUGUGUUGAAUUUGACGCUGAAGGAAUAUCAGUAAUGCAUAUAGUCUAUCAAAAGAAUGAAGUUCCGUUUCACCUGUCAGUAUACAACACCAUCAUAUCGUGCAUUAAAA